AUGGCCCAUUUACUCCCUAUCCCCUGUCCAGUGAAACUGGGGACGUUGAAAAGCGAAUCUCUUGAAGCUCGUUUGCACGAAUAUGUGAAGCAAGGCAAUCACGUGAAAGUGAAGAAACUUCUGAAAAAAGGAAUCAGUGCUGACUCGAUCAACUCAUUGGGGCAGACUCCCCUAUUCACUGCUGCCUUGCUUGGUAUUGGGAAAGUUGUCAGCGUUCUUUUGGAUUAUGGUUCGGAUCCAAAUCACCGCUGUCACGAUGGGAGCACACCGGUCCAUGCCGCAGCUUUCUCAGGCAACCAGUCAAUUCUCAGCAAACUGCUGGAUGCGGGUGGAGACCUGCGAGUCCAUGACAGGAAUGGGAGAAACCCACAAAACUGGGCUGUGACAGCUGGGAAGGAGAGCAGCUCUCAGAUGCUCGAGUUCAUCCAGCGAUGUACAGCCCACAUGCAGGCGAUUGUGCAGAACUACUCCGUAGACUUGCUGCGGAAGGUGGACUCUCCCAGAUCUUUGGUCUCUAGCCCCUCCAGGUUUGUGGGCAUCAAGCAAGGGACGGCUGACAAGAUUCUGAGACGCGGGAGCAGUGCCCCCCAAAACAUUUACAGCUUUGGCUUUGGGAAGGUUUACCUCACAGGCAGCCGUCAGCUGGGCUACCUGGCAUCGCUCCCCAUCAUUGCGGAUAAGGAAGUGGUCCAGGCUGAUGAUGAACCAACCUUCUCCUUUCCAGUUGGGCCGUACAUGACUAUGACCAAUUUGAUGUGGGGUGGAAGCAGAGUCACAGUGAAGGAGCUGAACAUGAAACCCCACCAGCACUGCAGCAAGCUGCGUCUCUCUGACCUGCUCCUCGCGGAACAGGAGUACAGUAGCAAGCUCCGCCAUCCUCAUUUGUUGCAGCUGAUGGCCGUCUGUUUAUCCAGCGACUUGGAGAAAACGCGAUUAGUGUUUGAGAGGGUUACUUUUGGCUCCCUCUAUAGCAUCCUUCAUGAGAGGCGUUCGGAGUUCCCCAUUGUGCACAUGGAGACCCUCGUGCACCUCUUGCUCCAGGUGAACGAUGGCCUGAGGUUCCUGCACUCGCACGGCUUCAUCCACCGCACGGUCAGCUCCUAUGCUGUGGUGGUUGUUUUGGCCGGGGAAGCCAAGCUUACCAACCUGGAGUACAUGAUCGAGAGCAAGGAUGGGGGAGAGCACAGCGACCUGACACGGCUGCCCAUCCCUUCGCAGUUAUACAAAUGGUGCGCUCCAGAAGUAAUCCUCCAGAGGACUGCAACCACCAAGUCUGACAUCUACAGCUUCUGCGCAGUAAUGCAGGAGGCUCUGACAGAUACCAUCCCCUGGGAUGGGUUCGAGGGCCCGGAUGUUAAGGAUCUCAUUGUUUCCGGACAGUGGCUGGAAGCGGAUGCCAGGCUGCCCAAGCCCUAUUACGACAUCGUGAAGACCGGGCUGGAGUCCAGGCAGAAGCAACGCACCAUGAACCUGCAGGAUAUCCAAUAUAUCCUGAAGAAUGAUCUGAAGGAUUUGAUUGACUCUCGCAGGACCCGCCAUGGUGACAGUUCUGGACCGUCAAAGGCCGAACGCUGUGCUGACAUUAAUAUCUGCUUGCCGCCCACCUCCGCUGUCUCGGUCAAGGUGGAAGAAGAGUUGCCAGAAGAGGAGCAGGAAGAGGAGGAGCAGGAAGAAGAGGAGCAGAGUGUCCCAUGUCUGCCUUCCAGGAGCUUCACCGUGAUGAGAUGCGCUGCUUCUGCUCCCAAAAUCGAAGGCGCCGCUGGCCACCAGUCCCAGCCCUCCCUUCCCGCCGCUCAGUCCAGCCACCUCUUGGCUCCCAAAGUCCAGGGGGGCACCAGCGACAGGGACGAGAGCCUCUGCAGCUUUGAAAUCAACGAGAUCUACACCUGCUACCCUGAGAUGUGCGGGGACAGCACAGAGGAGGACACAACACCAGGAUCGGGCCAGGGAUCCCCAAGGCAGCCUCAGACUGUCCCAGGGGAUUGGGACAAAGCCCUUUCGCCGCCCCUGCCAGCCAGAAUUCAGGGCGGGCAGACAAGCUGCAGUGAGGGGGGCGCCACCUCCGAUUCGGAGUCGGAAUACACCAGGGAAGAGGUCACCUACAUGUCGCAGCCCUACCAUGUGCAGCAAAUGGUGAGGUUCUCCAGCCCCCGGGGCCGGAACAGCCGCUUGCAGGUGGGCCACUACUUUGGGAAGUGCGUCCUGAACCUGAAGAUCUCCCAGACACUGCUGCACCAGGCGAGGGACUCCCUCUGCCGGACGGAAAAGAAGCUGGAUGAGCUGGAGAGCUUCAGAAAGCCCCAGCCCCAGCCAUGUGCCGUUGCCCUGAACCCCAUCAUCCGAGGAUACUGGGAGAAGGACGAGAGCGCCGCUUUUGGAAACGUCAGGGCGCCCUGCAAUGGACCCAGCUCCUUCCUCUGGAAAGCGGUGGGCCCUCCAUCCACAAAUUACAUCCCUCCGCCGCUGCGUGUCAUGACCAUGCAGCAGCCUCUGGUGAUUCAGCCCUUCCAGCCCAUGGAGCCAGAGCGCAGGAGCCAGGACACCACCUGCUGGAGCGACUGCGGGUUGGAGGCACCCAAAAGCCCCUGGAGCAGAGUGGAAGUGGAGCCCAACUAUCAGCUUUUGCACCCAGGCGUCACCGUCCGGAGGAAGAGGAACAUGAGCCCGCAGUUGCGGCGAGGGAACCUCUCUGCAGUGGACGAUGGGAACAGAUUUUCAGAUGGGUUUGUCUCAAAAUCAACACCUGAAAUUUAUGACGAUAGUGUGAGGAGUGAGGAGAGGAGGAUGGCACAGUCUGAAUGGACAACGGAAGUGAAGCAGAUGGCAAGGCAAGCGGCUUCCGGGCAACUUGGCCUUCCGCCCCAGUAUCCUCUUGGUGAAUGGACAUCAGAGAGCGAGGGGGAGAGCAUCAAGGACGCCUUUCGGAGCACCAGCAGCAAGGAGAGACUCCGGUUCCACCAGUGGAACACCGAGGAGGGGAGGCUGCGGGCUGACAGCGGAAUCGGGGACCACUGUUUGUUCUAUGACCACAGUGAAGAAAAUGACCCAGAGGUUGCGUUGAAAAGAUUUGUGGUACCCGAAAGGACUGACGGCAGAAGCAUCCAAUUCCCAGCAAAUGAGGUGCUAACGGAGUGUGGCGCGGCCUCUCGAAAGAGCGCUUCGCUUUCUGUCGCCGCCGAGGACCUUUGCCGGGGGCACUUGGAGGAACUGGGCCCCUCGGUGUCUUCCUCCCUUGAUGUAUCAGAAGAGUUCCUCACUCCUGAACCAGAGUUCUUCUUCUGCUCCUCAGUUCCUCCUGAGAAUGCAGAACCAGAGAACUCAACUGCUGUUGAAGAAGAAGACCUGGAAAUCACCCAAGAUAUUUGCAGUCAGGAAGACGACUUGGAGACAUUCCAAGAAAUCUGUGGGAGGAAAGAAUGCCCCACAGAGGCAGAGGAACGCAACCCCCCCCCCCAGCACCCUUCCCCCCCUUACAACCCCCGCCCCCAAACUAGCACUUUUUGUUAUUUGUGUUUAGGAAGAAAACUAUUUCCCCACUGCAGCGCAGAGGCGAAACAUCUCCAUAGCAAGGCGCCAGGGGAGGAUUUGUUUACACCUGCAGCCAGGUCACUCAUCGAUAUUCAGGACUUGUCCAGCAUCAUCUGUGAGGACACGUUUAAGGCAACGCCAUACGAAACUCCCAGAAGCAGUCACUCACCCAUGGAUGCCAGCACUCCACUUAGCCCAGCACAAGCGCCACCCAGGUUUUCCUCCACUGUCACGAAGUACAAGGAUUACUGCGUGACAAUAGACACAACAGGCUGGGGGAGUCAGGAGGCCUCCCUGUUGGGAUUCAGCACCUUUGCCACGGCUUGUGCUCAAGGGAAGAUUGUAGAGUUGCCCCCCACCCCCCAGGAGUCAUCCGCCACAGUCUCCAAAACGGGUGCCUCGUCGGAACCCCCUGGCGUACAGUUGCACCUUCAGAGGGGUCAGAAAGAACUGGAGACUCCCCCUUCUGCUCAGGAGAGCCAGCUCCAGGAAGUGAUUCCUGAGCAAGCAGAUUCAGAAGAUCAAGAAAUAAAGCUGGACGAGUGCAAAGCUGAUAGCAGCCUCUGGAACAAUGACACCUUGUGUCUAGAAGAUACAGACAGGGCUCACUCAACCCUUGAUGAUAUUUUGGAAGCUGUCCUCAGGCCAGUUGCUGACAGUCGCAACCCUCGCGCAGAGCCACCAGCCCCCAUCAAGAGGGAGCCAAGCCACGCCCAUCACGGAAACAUUGAGAUGAGGGACGGAGCAGAGGACAGCUUCAGCGAAUCGGAGGGUUCUGCCGAGAAUGUUGAAGAUCUGUCUUGAUCCAUAAAAGAAACGUGGAACCAUGCCCCUUCAUUGUGUCUUUUUAGUGUUCUUCCCCCCCCCCCCAAGUGUUGAGUUCGAAACCUCACAAAGCUCCAAACAGAUCAAACCUACUGGCCAUGGUGGCUUGUGCUCCACCUCCACAGUUGCUUUCAAAUGCCAGUUGCUGGA